CCGACCUUAGCUCAGUUGGUAGAGCGGAGGACUGUAGUAGGCUAAGCUUUCAGCUAUCCUUAGGUCGCUGGUUCGAAUCCGGCAGGUCGGAUUGUAUUUUUCGUUUUCACUUUUUGCUCCAUUUUUUCACAAUCCUUCGUUCUCUCAAAACACUUCAAAAACAAUCUUUCGCUGCCCACUUUUCCAGGAGAAUUCCGUCUAACAUUACCCGGCCAAAGCUCUAAUUCAAUACUUAUUUUUGUGGGCAUAACUUUCCGGAUCUAAACCCUUUAUCAAAAUCUCAUUUUUCUAUGGCGAACACAAUGCGGCUCUAUUUGACUUGCAUAAGGAACACCUUGGAGGCUGCAAUGUGUUUACAGAAUUUCCCUUGUCAAGAAGUGGAGAGACAUAAUAAACCAGAAGUUGAAAUGAAGACAAGCCCUGAGCUUCUGCUAAAUCCUGUUUUAAUAUGUAGAAAUGAGGCUGAAAAGUGCUUGAUAGAAACGUCAAUAAAUUCUUUGAGAAUUAGCCUCAAGGUAAAACAAGCCGAUGAACUUGAGAAUAUACUAGCGAAGAAGUUUCUGAGGUUUUUGUCAAUGAGGGCUGAAGCAUUUCAGGUUCUGAGGAGAAAACCUGUACAGGGAUACGAUAUUAGCUUUCUCAUCACCAACUUUCAUUGCGAGGAGAUGCAGAAACAAAGACUUAUAGAUUUUAUUGUGCAGUUUAUGGAGUUGUACUUUUUGUUUGAAAUUGGCAGGAUAUCGAUAAGGAGAUCAGUGAGUUGAAAAUGUCAGUAAAUACUCGGGGCAGGCUAGUUGCUACAGAAUUUCUUAAGCAAUUUGUAUGAUGAAUUUGAAGGUGGAUGUUGGCAGAUUUACGACAAAAUGAAACAAUUAGAGGCACAGGAAGAUGGUAACCGUAGUUUGUUGUAUAAUGUCUCGGUUUUCCACUUUUGUAUUUUGCCUAGCGUGCUUCUGUUUCUUUUGAUAUUCCGAUGUUUGUGAUUGUUGCACACUUUCACGAUUCGACCUCGUAGAGAACACAUUCAAUUCAUAUUCUGUCAUACGUAUACAUUCUGCAUUAUGAUUAUGUCCGUGGUCAAUCUAUGAACACAUUCACUUCAUAUUCUGUCAUACGUAUACAUUCUAAAGGGAUGCUGAAAGCUUUAAAUUUUUUGCAUGUCCCUAACUGAUGACCAAUUUCUACCUUUAGUUUGUAACUACAUUAGAAUUAUUUCGACACUUCUUGCUACCUUUGAUUGUUUGGACUUCCUUAGCUUGUUUCACAUGCAUGCCAUACUUUUCUUACACUAUUACUACUUGGCUAAUAAAGAACUCUUAUUACAACUAUUUCUAAAUAAGAGAUUAUUAUAUUAUGAAAAAAUUACAUAAUGUAUACUAUCUUUUGCAAAAAAAACAACCUAUUCUAAUAUUUUUACAAAAACUUACCUUAUAUGACAUAAACAUUUGCAAAAUACUACCACUUAAUGGAUUCCGUUAGUUGACUGUUAAGUGCAGGUUUUACUAAUCACGUUUUUGGCAUGUGAUACCACUUAUUGAACCUUAUGUAACGAUUUCUAAGGUGGUAAUAAGACCUGCUCUGUUAUAUGGAAGCGAAUGUUGGCCUGCAAAGAAGAUUUUUGAACAUAAGAUGGAAGUUACUCAAAUGCGUAUGCUGAGGUGGAUGUGUGAGCACACAUUGCUAGAUCGAAUUAGAAACCAAGAGUUUAGGGACAAACUAGGGGUAGCCUCUAUUUUUGGAAAAAUGUGCGAAAAUAAAUUGAGGUGUUUUGGACAUGUGCAGAGAAAGACUUUCACCACCCCUGUGAAGAGGGUAGAAAACAUUAUAGUAGAGGGUAUGAGGAGUCGAGGAAGACCCAAGAGAACUUGGGAUGAGCAAAUAAAAGUUGACAUACAUGAGUUAAACCUCUCUGAGGGUCUGACUAGAGAUAGGGGUAGUUGGAGGCGCUAUAUUCAUGUUUUAGACUACUGAUGUCCUCGUAGUUUACUUUUUGGUGUUCUUGUCUUCUUGUUUCUCUUGUUUCUUAUUAUUAGUUUUUGUUUUUUGUUUUUUGUAGUUAGUUCUUCUUAUUUACUCUAUGUAUAUGCUUUUAAUCUAUCUUUCCCGUAUAGCUACGUCUUCUUCUCUUUUUCUUCUUCUUUCUUCUUCUUCUUCCUUCUUUUUUCUCGAGUCGGGGGACUUCUUUGGCCUCGCUCUCCUUUAUGGGUAUGAGUUGCUGCCGUCCUUCCCUCACCAGACCCUGUCCAUAGUCUUUCUAUGAGCGGGAUACACUGGGUAGGAUGACGAUGAUGAUGUAACGAUUUCUCGUGUCUCUCUCUCCCAUGCUUAUAUCCCUCCACACUUGUUCUUCCUCACUAUUCAUGGAAUAAGUCUGCUUGCAACAUUUCAAUCAAAACUCUCGAAUUAGCAUUUAAUCUUCAAUCUAUCAGUAAGUUAAUUCAUCUCAUUUAUUGCAUUACACAAACAUCUAUUUUUUUUCUCUCUCUACUGCAAUUUCCUUUGCAUAGUUUUGUUCUUGAAGCGCCCAACUUAUCUAUUUCAAUUUCUAAUUUCUCUAGAUUUUACUAUUUCACAUAUGCUAACUGAAUAAUCUGAACUUCAUUUUGUUCUUUAAUUUGUUGAUAAUGGGUAAAAAAGAGGAAAGUGUUUAAGAUAAAUCUAGUUGUUUGCAAAUGGAUAAACUAAUUAAGUGUAAUUUUUUCUUAUAUUUCCUGCUUAAUUUUUGAUUGCUCUAUGCUUAUUGGUUGAUUUAUGUGUUGAUUUGUUAUAAGAACAACUUUAUGUCAUUGAUCAAAUUCUUUCUGUUUCUUGGAAUUUUUUUAGGAUAAAUCUUAAUUUUUUUUCUUUUGUUGAAUUGAGCAUCCAUGGCUAGGAACAAGGGUUUUACUUCAUUGAAUUGUGCUUAUUAUUGUUGAAUUUUUGGGGUUUAAUUGAUUGAUUUGUGGUUAUUGUUUAAUUUAUGUAUUAAUUUGUUAUACGAACAACAAAGGAAUGGUAUAAAUGAAGCAAACAAGAAUUGAAUGAAGAUGAUAGUGACUGAUUGAUUGUGCAGUUGAGAAAUCGAUAUAUUGGAGAAUCAGAAAGAAGAAAGGAAUGAAAUGUGCUUUAAAAGAUAAAAGCAAUGGUCUGUUAAUUAAUAAGAGAAGAGAAUAGGGGGAACUAGUGAAAAAUUGGAGAAAAAAAUUAGAAAAAGGUUGGAGGGAAGGGUUCAUUAAAUCGCAAAUUGUCCAAGAACAAUAAGAGAAUGCAGAAGAAGACCAGAUUGUCUAAGAUGGAGAGAAGCAAUUGAGACAGAGUUGAAAUCAUUAGAAAAAGAAAAGUCUUUGGACAAAUUUUACAAAAUCCAAAAGGAGCGAAAUGAGAUUAUUAGAUACAAGGCAAGACUUAUAGCCCAAGAUUUUUUUUCAAAUGCCAGAAAUUAAUUAUGAAGAAACAUAUUUUUCAGUAGUUGAUGCAACCAUACUGAGAUUUUUGGUAAGUUUAAUGGUUUCUCAAGACUUACACAUCAAAUUGAUAGAUGUUGUAACUACAUAUUUAUAUGAAUAACUUGACACAUGCAUAUAUCUAUAAUAGAGGUUCCUAAAGGACUGAACAUACCAAUAAAGCAGCUAAAUAGAGAAAUAUUUUCAAUAUAGUUAAAAAGAUCACUUUUUGGAUUAAAAAAAAUGUAGGAGAAUGUGAUAUAAUUGUUUGAGUGGAUAUCUUAUGAAACCAAGAUUCAAAACUAAUCGAAUUAGUCCAUGUAUAUUCAUCAAAAGAUCUCAACUUGGUUUUUUAAUCAUCGAUAUGUAUGUAUAUGAUUUAAACCUAAUUGGACUAUGAAAGAAAUUGAAAUAACAUCUAAAUAUUUGAUGAAAAAAAUUGAGAUGAAGGAUUGAGGAAAAACUAAUUAAAUUUUGCUUUGGACUAAAAAUUUUGUCCAUAAGAGCGAUUAUACUAAAAAAAGUUUUAAACGUUUUUACAUGUAUAAGGCAUACCCACUAAGUUUCCUAAUGAUAGUCCGAUCACAAAA